AUGCCCCCGCCAUCGUGUCGAGAUACCACAAACGCGUUGGUUUGUAACGGGUGUGGCGGAGCCGGAAUCCCGGAUCCGGGAUUAGCAGGAGACGCGCGAGAAUUCGGGCGGAGACGGAAUAAGACGACCGCGUCGCUUAAAUCGUCCGCCUCAUGCUCCGCUCCCUCACCGUCUCCGCACACUCACCGCGCGACGACGACGACCUUGGCCGUCAUGCUCUUUUCUCUGUAUCUCUUUCUCCUUUUGGCUUUGGUAACUUAUGCAACCCCCUCGUCAAGUCACGGUAAUCACUCGGGUACAGCGGCGCCCGCGUACCCGGGGAACAUGGCCGUACUCGACGCGUUGAGAGAUUCGGUGGCGGGACCGCGGACGCAGGAGUUGGUAUUGCGAUGGGCGGACGGCAGGAGCGUGGUGUUGGAGCGUUUGGAAUAUCAUUAUGGUCUUCUCGUGGGUACGUCUGGUAGCCUGGAGAUUAGUGCUUUCUUGAUUCCCGGUCGAGAGCCCACAUACGCGGACACGGAGGGUAACUUCCUAUUUCCGCGCACGUGGUUUCAUCAUUGGGAGCCUUGGGGAGCAUACCGUCCCGUGCCAACGACAGAGGGGAGUUCGGAAAGGCUGUUAGGAUUUCGGGUACCGGACGACGAAGCGGCGCUGAUUGGGACGAUGGAUGACUCGGAUAGCGACGCUCGCGUCCGAAGCAUCCACGUCAACCCCAACGCCAUCGAAGAACUCUCGCAGCGUAUGAACUAUUAUACGUUCACGGUGCGCAAGCUGGUGGAAUACUUUCAGCUGAAGGCCCGCUUUCGAUUCAAUACGCAUAUUCCCAACGUCAACAUCCUUAGCUUUCCUCGACCGGUGGAGCAUCAACUGCGUGACAUUACCGAGUUUCGGCGACGUAUUUGGGAAUGGCAGGGGUUGAUUCGUUGGAUUUUGCAUCAAGCUGGGCCGAACUGGAGAGACAUUCCGCCACGAUUGCUAGGCAUGCGUAGGCGAUGGUAUUCGUACCUAGAGAGAGAAGGUGUCCUCGACGCCCCGAAUCGCGGAACGGUGAUCGACUGGACCAAUACAGGAACGGCCAACUUUCCUCGGAUCGAUUGGUACUUACAGAGGGAUGUACCGGUGGACUGGUUGUGGACCACUCGUUCCCUUUUGCUUCCGGGAUUGGAGCGUUUGAAUCCGGCGGAACUUUUCGUAGCCAACUCCUCGGCACCGGUCGUAAACCCGGAAACUUCGACUACAGAGCACGUCCCCGUACCUGACGGGAGGGACUCUGAGCCGAUGCCACCGCCUCGUUCUCCUCCACCUUCCACCGAAUCGCCGCGCGAUCGGUCGAACAGGUGGACGGAAGGGAGGCACGCCAAGUCUAUGUUCUUUCAAUUUUGGCUUUUCUCCAGGUUGAGCCGGGAGCGCACGCCCGACGACCCGGAACAUCCUUACCGUUACGGGCGGGUCAUCUCGUGGAAGAAGCGUCGUAAUCUCAUGGACCUCGAGCUAGUAGAGAGGUUCCCCCGGGGCACGGACUGCGCUUGGUUGGACGAAGACUCGCCUCUCUCUAGGCCUAUGACUCCCGCCACUCCUGACGAUUCGGACGACGAUGAUGAGGACGGACCCUUUGCCAUGGACACCGAGACCAGUUGGGCCCACGGGGUAACUACGGGGGGAGGACCUGCUCCCCCGUCUCCUCCAGGAUCGCCUUUCUUAGCCCCUUUACCCGCUGUCGUUGUCGCGGAUCCCUCUUCUGACAUCAUGGAAGAGCGAGUUGAUUACGGGGAACCCUCCGAGGAUGAGGAAGGGGAGCCUCGGGACAAAGGGAAAGGGAAGGCCAGAGAAACGGAACUGGCGGAGGACGCAGAGAUGACGCUUCCUGUUCCGACCAACGAGCAAGCUGACGAGAUUCUCGCCAACGAUUUGCGGCUGGCCAUGGAAAGGUCGCUCCACGAACCUCCCCCAGAGCCGCCGCAGGCGGAAGCAGGGCAGGCUAGCUCUUCACGCGUUCGACUUCCCGGGGGGAGUAGUGGAAGGAAGAGAUCACAGGACUACGAGCGAAGGGAGUAUCGUGAUCGCCGGGCUGGCAGCCGAGACUACCCGACGCCAGGAAGAUGGAGACGACGCGGUAGGACCUCCUCUCCUCAAAUCCGUUCCAACCCUCGCGGACGCUCCGGAGGGAGGGAACCAGGUCAAGAGAGGACCAGAAGCAUAGUCGGAAGGACUCCCCCUACCGAACCACGAGCAGAUCGCGAACGUCGCGCGGCGACGAUGUUGAACGAUCUCGCGUGGGGUACCGAAAGUAUUCCCGAAUGGGGCAUGGAGCAGAGUGUCGCGUGGGGUACGGCGGAGACGAGUGGAUGGGGAGAAACAUCCUCAGUUCCGACUUGGGGAAGAGCCGUAUCCGCGAACGAGAGCCAUGCUUCAGAGUCGUUACCGGAGCAACGAGUAACCCUACAGGAGCGAAUCACCGCGUCUGAGGAACCAGAAACCGGGGCUGCGACCGGAGAGCGUACUUCCCAAGCCCGAACUCUAACGUUGGAUCAGACCAGGGAGGUAUUAGGUGCUGGAACCUUGCUAGAGCGCAUCUCCGAAUCCGGCGAUAUAACUCGUCGUCCUCUCCUGGACCGCGUACAAGAUCCGCCAGACGUAUCUUCUCUCUCUGAUCUAAUGGAAGCCGUACGGUUGGAAAUGCAACACCCCAGUGCUUCCGACGAGCGAUGGGCGUGGACUGAAGCGCUGGUCCGGAAUGAGGAAGUACAGAGGGUGGUUCGGAAUCGAGACCGUGCGGGCAUUAUCGUGGAACCAGGCCAGCCGGAGCAGCCUGUAUGGAACCCCCCGCGUGCGGUUCCGGCUCGACAUAGUUUCUUGUAUCUGGGAGUUUUAUCCGCCUUACGCGCCGCCUUGGUACGACAUCGAUACGGACCGUCGUUCGAAGAGGAGUUCCUUCUAUACGCAGUAGCUUCCGGAGUCCCCAUCGAGUACCGCGUACCUUUGGCUGAACUUCCGCCUACGCCGGACCCUCUCCUUCGACCCGCUUGGUUCGAUUGCGACCCGGUGGUUGGAUGGUGGAAUCAUCAUCCGGGUGAUCCGAUUGCGUCCUAUCGCUGGGCUGUGAACGAAGUCCUAGCGCGACCCAAUGCAGUCAGGGCUCUACAACAAGGUGGGCUACUAUGGAGGAUCGCCAUGGAAUUCGGCGACCUGCGUUUGGUUGAAGCCGCGGUAAGAGGGCCGUCCGCGAUAGCCACCCUGCACCUACGAGGCGAUAUCUCGGACCUUCCUGAGCCUUCGAUCACGGAUUCGCUAUCGGAAGGGGAACUGGACGCUCUGUUAGGAAGAGUGGAGAAUGGUAGCAGCAUCUGGCCUCCCUUGGAUAUCUUUGAAGGGCCAAGCAGCCUCGUCUGGGACGGUGAGUGGUCGUUUGAGAACGAACGAUGGUUUAGCCGGCGUCGGAACCAGCUGGUUCGGGGAGAGAAUGUCUUUAAUCGCCUGAAUGACUGGUAUCGGGACGUGCCGCGCUCAGGAGGAAUACGGAGACGAUCAGAUGGGGUGGGAUCGUUGGCUUGGGCAGAACGCUUUGCGAGAGCAGUAACUCCGAUGUCCCGCUUAUACCGGAUCGAACUGCACCCCGAGGACUUUGCGCCCGUCGAGGCGGAGAUAGAGAGAGAUGCUGAGGCGCGCUUAGAAGGGGAAGAAGGAACGGGCCCUACGAAUGACGACAGCGAAGGAGGAGAUCGUAUAGACUAG